AUGAAUCAAAUGUUUUAUGGAACUGGUCCUUCUGCUUGGCUCAUAACCCUUUUUGGUAUUAAAGUUAUAAUUGCAAUGGUUGGUUCUACUUUGAAUGGAACUCUUGCUUAUGUUAUUUUACGAAAUAAAUCAAUGAAUUCUCUCUGUAAUAAAUUAAUCGCUUGUUAUUCAAUCGGUUCAAUCUUCCAACAACUUAAUUUUUUCGUUACUUUCGCAACUGUAAUUACCGGAAAUAAUUUUAUUUCAUACAAAACUUGUGUUUUAAUCCAAUUACUUCCAAUAUUUUUUUCUUUCUUCUCCUUUCCCUUAACUUUUUUUAUUGCAAUUGAACGUUUUUUGGCGAUUUUCUUUCCAAUUUGGUAUAAAAAACGAAAUGGAAAUAAUUUUCUGAUUGUUAUUUUAUUUUGUUGUUUUGUUCUUGGAAGUUAUGUUACUUCUGUUGAUAUAAUUACUUCUUUUGGAAGUCCUAAUACUCUUGUAAUUUGUGCUAUUGGCCCUAAAAUUGAUGCUUCUUUAGUCAACUAUCUUAUUCUUGGAAUGAAUUCUGGUUCAAUUUGUGCUUAUUUAGCUGUCUGGAUUCGAAUAAAAUUUGCUGUUGGGAACUAUACUGAUUAUCAGAGUGUGUGUUUUUGAAGUUUAACAAAUAUUUAAAGUCGGACUUAACUGUAAUAUAACCUUGGAAUUUUAUAAUUAGGUUAUCCGAAAUUAUCAAUCUCUCCCAUGCCCAAUGGCCAUCAAACUUUUGAAUUUGGUUGGCAUUUAAAUGAGGUGUAGCUAGUAUUGGGUGUAUAUUUUAUUGAGAUCCAAUUGUACUUUUUCUCGUUAUUCUAAUAAAUAUUUUAUAGCUCAUCUUUUAAAAUGUCUUUUUGUUCUUUUACUCCUUGAACUUUUUGGCUGGACUUUCAGUGUCGGUUUGCGUGUAUUUAUUGGACCUUUAUUUGGAAUUGUUUCUGGAACUUUUUUAAAUUUUUUAAUUAUUAAUUUGGCAACAAAUAUUGCCUAUAUUGCUAUUGCUCUUAAUCUGCCCGUUUUAUACACUUUUAGGUUAAUUUUUAUUUUUU